GGCGUGUUGUAAGAUAAGCGUCUUGUGGGCUAUACGGGCGAUUGUUAGAAUGCUUAAUGAAGUACCGGCUGCACGGAUUACAGGCACAUCCUCAUACACCGCUGACGACGUACUGAGAAUCGCAACGGAUGCCGCAGACGCAACCGCAAAACUACUCGAGAGAAAGCGUGAGUGUAAUAAUAUGGUGGACGUGAUUCUGGAGGGGUAUGAACAGAAGAGACAGUAUCUAAUUACGGAAAUUGGGAUCGAAACCGACGAGGACGCCGGAUUUGUAGCAAAUAGAUGAACUUCGACGCCACAAGGUUUUCUUAUACGUGCAUUCAACACCUACCAAUACGAAACUUCAUCAAACGGGCAUCUUUGAACACAUACACACAAGUAUAUACGCUGCUAAAGUCAUUUGCGACUGUUCGAAGACAGAAGUCAAGUCGCAGCAAGGGCGAGGCUUCGGCGCAAGCAGUCCACCCAAUAUGACCAAGAACGAGACAAUUGUAGUACAUAUACCAAUGCAUGAUGUGGGACAAGGCUAAGUAUGAAAGCUCUAGAAAAUAUUCAUACCCACGAGUAGACAUACGGUUGUGAUCUAAAUGCCUGGGAUGGUAACAUAGUGACAGACUUGUAGGCACAAAACGGCCUUCAUCGUUCUACAUUUCCACGCAGUAUAUUGUACAGAUUCUCGCAAUAUUAAUAAAAGUGACUUUCAAGAA